GGCAACACCGCACCGCAUCGAGUUGUUGUGGUUUAAAAUAUGGAAGAUGGAAGUAGUGAUAGUGGAAUACGGACAGAUCUUGUAAAAAAGUGUUAUUUUACUUUGCACGUGCACGAUAAAGUGUUCGGUGUAGUGUAAAAAGUGAUUAUUUAAUCAUCCCUAAUCCUGUUUAGUAUUACCUACAUAAUAAUAUCCAUGAUGAACGACAUACACAUUGAGACACCGCACCUCAACGGCGAGUCUGCCUACAAGAAAUCCCUCAAAGACGAGAUCCAGGUUGAGAUGGAGCCUCCACAAGACGAAGAAGAGGACACGCCUCAGCUCGAGUUCCUUGAUGAAGUGCACCAUUCUUCCAUGCUCAAGUCUUUGAAUAUGAUGCGGAAAAAUCGUCACUUUUGUGACGUCAUUCUUCACGUUGGCAACACAGAAAUACAUGCUCACAGAGCUGUAUUGGCUAGCGCCUCUCCUUACCUCUUCGAACUAUUCACAACAGAACAGGAUCAGCAUCAGCAACGAUUAGAAAGUGUCAUCACCUAUAAACUGAAUGGAGGUUUUGAUCAGCAGGCUUUGGAGAUUCUUGCAGAUUAUGCCUAUACAGCCAAACUUAUCGUCAAAUACCCACAGGUUAGAGCAGUAUUUCUGGCCGCAACUCACCUUAAGAUGGACAGAGUAGUUAAGAUAUGCGGCAAACAUUUGAUAAAGCAUCUUACAGUGGACAACUGUAUUGAGAUACGCUCUUUACCUGGUAUAGCGAAAAAUAAAGACUUCAUACAACAGAUCGACGUUUUCAUAUCUAAGAAUUUCCCUGAGAUAGUAAAAAGCAAUAAUCUCCUUUCGUUAUACUGCGCCAAAAUCGAGGUACUAAAUCAAUCAAAAGAAGAAAUGUCCUUUGUAAACCAGAACUCUUUAUGCCGUCUUGUGCUUGAAUGGAUCAAAAAGCAAAUCAAUGACGAUCUACUGAAUAAAGAUGGUCUAUCAGAAAAAACCUUUAUGCUGUAUCUUGCCAUUGACAAUUCGCUGCAGGAUUGUAUGUCGUUACCUUCAGGUGAUGUCAGCGAUACUGAAAUCGUUCAAGAUUACAAAAAAAUGUCUCUGAAAAAUACCUCGUCGAAAAUCAAAAAGAAGACUUUGAGUCAGCCUUCGAAACCAAGAGUUCUGAUUUACAAUCGGGAAAUCGGUGAAGAAUUGGAAAACGAGAUCGAACCUGAUUGGAAUCUCAUCGCUGCUGAAACUGUGGGCGACCACAGUUUCUUGGCAUUGGUUACUUUGUCUGGUAAACUUGCUACACUUUCCAUUCAAUUGAGACUGAAUCCUCCACAAACUCCUUCUCCCACUCUAACUCCAGACGCCAGUCGUUCACAGAGUGAGGAAAAACCUGAUCUCUAUUGCGCUUUAACUAAUAUGACUUCACAAAGGUGCGCCCAUGGGUGUGCAAACUUCCAGAAUACGCUUUUAGUUUGCGGUGGUUAUGAUAGAGUAGAAUGCCUACGUUCAGUUGAACAAUACAUUCCAGAAAUGAAUAUUUGGAAAAAUAUGCCUCAAAUGAGAGAAAGUCGUGGCCGUUUCAAGAUAACUGUGGUUAAUAAUAUGGUAUAUGCCAUUGGUGGAAGUAACGGAACAACUGAGCUGGACUCAGUUGAGAUGUUAGACAUGGAGAAAAAUGGUAAAUGGAUAAAAAUGCCUCCCAUGUCAAUUGCAAGAAGCAAUUUGGGUGUCACCGAAAUGAAUGGAUUGAUUUAUUGUGUGGGCGGAUGGAACGGACAAGUGGGUUUGAAACAGUGUGACAUAUUCGAUCCAGAAAACCAAACUUGGUCUUCGAUAGCACCUCUUAACACAGGUCGUUAUCAAGCAGGUGUGACAGCCUACAGAACUCUAGUCUACGCCAUCGGUGGUUGCGACUCUUGGAACUGCCUCGCUUCAGUGGAAGUGUACAACUCAGAAGACAACACUUGGAAACUAUCGAAACCUAUCAAUACUGCUCGCCGUGGAUGCGGUGUUGCCGUUUUCAACGACAAACUGUACGUUGUCGGAGGAUCUGAUGGCAGUCACUCGCUGAACACCACUGAAAUAUUUGAUGAAGAAACUCAGACUUGGUCUGGAGGACCUGGCAUGACAACUGCUAGGGCAAAUGUGGAACUGGCGGUGGUUGGCGAUAGAUUGUAUGCUGUUGGAGGAUUUUCCGGCAAAGCAUUCCUGAAUACCAUCGAAUAUCUGGAUCCGAAAUCAAAUGAGUGGACCACGUUCAUACCGAAAGGCACCUGCGACGCCAUCUCAAGAAGGAAGCCAAGAAGUCGAAAAAAUUCCAGAAAAAGCAUUUCCGAAGACAGUAAAAAGUCGAACGGAGUUCCCUCACCUAUCGAACUACUCAAAAGUCUAAAAGAUACUGCAGAAGAGUUAGAAAGUGGCAACUCGUAAUAUUAAGGGAGAUGCUGCUUUAGAUUUAUUAUUUACUUUGUAGCUCUGAGAUUGUAUGGUAUGAUGGUGUUUUGGAAUAAAUUUUGACUGUAAUUUCAAGAAACUAUUUAUUAUGCCAUCAUAUUUUAGAAUUAAUUAUUCCUUCAAAGAUAAUAUAAUGUAUAAGCUAUAAUUAAGGAACCUCUAAAAGUAUUAAUUAUAAUCUAAUGCUGCAUCAGUAAAGGAUAUUUUUAAUAGGUAAUAAUAUGUACUAGUUUAUCUAUAAUAAUAUAUAGUUUAUAAUAAGGAUGUUAGUGGUUGCACCAAUUUUUUAUAUAUUGAACAGGCAAUAUUUUUUCCAUCAGCUAGUGUCAAAGGAAAAUCAGCACCAAAACUGCAAUAGUAUGUCAGUUCUUCUGAGGUUCUACUAUUUUUGGUAAAAAAAAUAUAUUUUGAUAUCUGAAAAAUAAAAAGACUAUUUUUAUGAGGCGCUCGGCCUGAGGGGCCAAAUGUAAUAAUUAUUGUUAGUUCAUGGAUGUUGUCGAGGUAGAAGUAAACAAAUGACGAUUCCAAGUGUGUCCCUUCUCACCAGCAAUAGAUAGGAUGGGGGAUGAUAAUAUUUUCUCAUCUUUUUUAUUUUAAAUCUCACUUUAAAAUUUGCAAUCUUAGAUUUUGUCGAGAUAGGUAGUUACAUUUUUUUGACAAAUUAAAAUAAAUGAGUUCUGGUUUUAGAGCCGACGAACGUUUUUGACGUUAUUGAUGUGUUUCAGUCAUUUUCCAUUUAUUAAAAAAGGAAGGCAAAAAGUAUGAACCCUGGUGAAACAAAGCUUACAUGUUUUCCAACUCACACUCUAAACAUAAAUCUAUUUUAUAUGAGUACCAUAAAGUAAAAAUAUUAAUAAUAUAUUUAUACUUAAUCAAUUUAGGGCGUAAGUGUUGAGUAAACACAAUAAUUAGUCAAAUAAAUAACAAACAUGUUUAAUGCUCUCAUUAAAAAUGAUAUUUAUAUUUUUUAAUUGCGUCCAAACUUGACUGCUUUACAUAUCCUAAUGUAUUUACAGUUUCGUUUCCUCUGUUCGGAAUCAUGAUAUUUUUAAAAGUAUAACUUUGUUUCCUAAAAGGCCGAAUUACAUUUUCUAAUCAGCUCUCAGUUAGUAACAAGAAACUAUGGACUUUUGUAUCAGAAUUAAUGCAGGUGCCUUUGUUUCCACAGCCAAUCCAUUUUAUACAUGAGACACACAAAAAUAUGGGUUAUCAUAUAUCAUUUGCAAUUUAUUAUUACAUAUUAGGUACUAUAAUAUUAUGUAGGUGAAUUAGAUUAUAUAGGCAACAUUUUUUGUUUUUAUGAUAAUGAUAACGAUAUAGAAGACAUCUGUUAGGUGUAGCAACAUAAGUCUUUCCUAGUUUGAAUUUUUAAUUUUAAUUAUUUUUUUCUAAUAUAAUAUUUUAAAUGUAAAUUAAUUAUUGGAACCUUUUUUUGGUUAAAAGUCAAUGCAUAACUUAAUUCUCAAUUUCAGCUGAAUAUGUUAUUUCUAAUAUAAAUUAAUAUAUAAUAUAUUUCGAAUGUAAAUUAUUAUUUGAACCUUUUUGGUUGAAAGUCAAUGCAUAACUUAAUUCUGAAUUUCAGCUCAAUAUGUUAUUUGAUUAUUAUUUUUGUUUUAAGUUAAAUAAAUUGUUUCGAAAUCAA